CCGCUGUUUCAUGACGUCUACAAAUUGUAACAGUUUUUUGGGGUUUUCUGCGCUUUGUAUAAAUGCGCCCCCAGAUUCAUUUUAUUUCCUCCUUCGCAUCACAUUCUCUCCCUCAAACUUAACCUGAAAGGCCGAAACCCUCUUGAUUCUUACUGUUUUCGUCAAUCAUGUGGGGUUCUGGUGAAGAUUUGGGUAGCUCUAGGCUCAAAUUUCAGUUCAGUCCCUAGUCUCAGUCACAGAUUCAGUCUUCCUCACCUCAGAUUCUUGGCCCUAUGAAGCGCCACUUCCCGUUCUCGUAUCCAAGACCACCUUCUUUCGCUUUCAACUCUCCUCACCAAUCUAAUGAUCAGAAUCGCUCGCCCGAUCUUCGUUUGAAUCCCCUGAGGGGUGGCGAAGGCAGUGACGGCGCUGAAGGAAGCUCUGUGAUUUCUAAGAUUCCGUUCCUCAGCACAGAUUUAAAAGCAGACAAUCUUGAAGGUCAAAUUGGUGAAUGGGCAACUUGCCAUGGACAUGGUGAAGCAAUUAAUGUUGUGCCUGGCACAGGUCUUAAGCAUUGCAGUAAAUCGAAGGUUUCAAAGCACAAGAAAUCUGGGUCACAAACUCUGGGGUCACACUCAGAUGCCCGUUCUGAUAUGUUGGAACCAGCUGCCACUUGUCGUUAUGACAAUUCUCUGGGCGUGCUAACAAAGAAAUUCAUUAGUUUGAUCCAGGAGGCCAAGGAUGGCACUCUUGAUCUGAACAAGGCAGCAGAUGUCUUGGAGGUACAGAAAAGGAGAAUAUAUGAUAUUACGAAUGUUCUUGAAGGAAUAGGUUUAAUAGAAAAAACAUCAAAGAAUAAUAUACGUUGGAAGGGACUUGAAAUGUCAAGACCUAAUGAACUGGAUGGUCAAGUUAUGAGGCUCAAGGCUGAAGUCGAAAGUCUAUAUGAUGAAGAAUGCAGACUUAAUGAUAGCAUAAGAGAAAAACAGCAAAGUCUCAGGGCCCUAGAUGAAGAUGAAAAGAGCAGGAAGCUUCUAUUUUUAGCUGAAGAUGAUAUUAUGAGCCUUCCUUGCUUUCAGAACCACACUCUAAACCACACUCUAAUUGCAAUAAAAGCUCCACAGGCAAGUUCCCUUGAAGUCCCUGAUCCUGAUGGGGGUGGUGAUUGUCAGCAAUUCAGAAUCAUUGUCAGAAGCACCACGGGACCAAUUGACCUGUACCUGCUGAGCACACAUCAGGGGAGGUGUGAUGAUAUAGAUGUGAAGCAGGCCAAGACAAUUGAUUUGCCCAGGGGGAGUAGCAUUCUUAGCAGUGAAGAUGCAUUACUUCAGAAGUUCCACGAUGAAAGGCUAUCUGAGGCAGGACAUUGCCAAGAUAAUGUAAAGACUUCUAAUUCAUCUAUCGCACUGGAAAAUGUAUCUGGAAUGCAGAGGAUCAUCCCUACAGAUUUUAGCAUUAAUGAUGAUUACUGGUUCCAGUCAGAUCUUGAAGUCAGCAUUACAGAUUUGUGGGCAAAUGACUGGGGACAAGUGUUUGAACCUCAAGACAAGAUUGCUAUGCACAACACAGAAUUAAUAAAACAUCAUGUGCCUGUAGGUCGUGUUUGCCAACAGAGAGGGAUUGACGUACAUUGUUUUGUAGAAAAGACUUGAGGGCUCGUGUGGUAUUGUUCCUCAAGCAAGUGUAAAUUAUGUAACCAGAUGAUUAUUUCUUGUUUUUUUAGGUGAAAAUUCUGGUCAGGCAGGAAUGCAUCAUAUAUUCUGUUUCCUCUA